GUGUAUACUUGAAUGAUAUCGGUGCAUAUUGAAGGAUGAUUGCUCUAUCUGUCUCGGGCUAUUUCUAUUCUCACAGUACAUAAAGAAUUUUGUACCAGGGUACAUUAAAUGACGUUGGUCUUUACGCCGUCAAGGGGAGUGUUGCGCUGCUGGAGACAUCAUAGCGCAGGCGUAGACUCGGGGGGUAUGCUUACUGUACAUGGCCAUUGAUGCCGCUGGAUAAACUAAAUCAGCUAUGUAAAUAAUAGUGACUGGGGCGGUGGAGCUAACAUGCCGAAUUCUAUCACAGCUUAACAUGAGAAGAUAAUACAUGUCAUCUGGGUUUACUUUAUCCGGUUGACAAAACCACCGCGGCCGUCCUUUUAUGCACGUCUCGGAAUUUGGCUUUGACAGCUCGCCCGAUGGUUUUCUUCAUUUGACGCACGAAUAAAAUCAGACGACGUGCGGUUUUUCCUAAUAACCCAUUUGGGAAAAACGGGUCAUUAUGACCUUAGUAUCCUCCUCUAAAAGAAAACCAUUGGAUUGUCUUUACGCAACAGCGUUCUGCUUGCAUUUCUUGCUGUGGAUUUUAUGCGCCGCGUCCGGAGAAGAGCUUCGCCAGUUCAGCGUUGAGGGAUGGCUACAGAAGUAUGGCUACCUUCCCCACACAGACCCCAGAAUGGCUGUCCUGCGCUCAGCCCAGACCAUGCAACAAGCCAUCGCAGCCAUGCAGCGCAUCUACGGCCUCAAUGUUACAGGGACACUGGAUGAGAGGACCACAGAUGAUAUCACACUAAGUUGGAUGAAAAGGCCGAGGUGUGGGAAUCCAGACAAACUAAAAGGCAACUCGAGGUCGCGGAAGAGGAGGUACGCACUGACGGGGCAGAAGUGGCAACGAACACACAUCACCUACAGCAUAAAGAACGUCACUCCCAAAGUGGGCGCCAGGGAGACCCACGAUGCCAUCCGGCGUGCGUUUGAUGUGUGGCAAGGGGUGACGCCGCUCCGCUUCGAGGCUGUCCCUUACAGCGCCCUGGAGAGCGGCCGGCGGGAUGUGGACAUUACCAUCAUCUUCGCCUCAGGUUUCCACGGUGACAGCUCACCCUUCGACGGCGAGGGGGGGUUCCUAGCCCACGCCUACUUCCCGGGCCCUGGGAUUGGAGGGGACACCCACUUUGACUCAGAUGAACCCUGGACCCUAGGGAACCCCAACCAUGACGGUAAUGACCUGUUCCUGGUGGCAGUCCAUGAGCUGGGUCAUGCCCUUGGCCUGGAGCACUCCAACGACCCCACAGCCAUCAUGGCUCCCUUCUAUCAGUACAUGGACACAGAGAACUUUAAACUACCUCACGAUGACCUUCAGGGCAUCCAGAAAAUCUAUGGUACUGUGUCUAUCUAUGGUCCACCAGACAGGUCCGCCCAGCCCACCAGAGCCCCACCCACGGCCCCUCCACCACGCUUCCACCCCCCCUCGGAACCCCGUAAGCACGACCGCCAGGUCCGGCCCCACCGCCCUCCUCAGGGCGCAAAACCCUCCAACCCCAACGCCAAACCCAACAUCUGUGACGGAGGCUUCAACACCCUGGCCAUCCUCAGACAGGAGCUGUUCGUAUUCAAGGACCAGUGGUUCUGGAGGGUGAGGGACAACUCGGUGGUCCCUGGCUACCCUAUGGAGAUCAACUUCUUCUGGAGAGGCCUGCCCGCCAAGAUCGACGCCGUCUACGAAAACAGCGAGGGGAAGUUUGUCUUCUUCAAAGGAAACCGGUUCUGGGUGUUCAAGGACACUACUUUGCAGCCCACCUACCCUCAGGACAUCUCUCUGUUUGGGAGUGGGAUGCCCACCCAGAGUAUAGAGACUGCUGUGUGGUGGGAGGACGUAGCCAAGACAUAUUUCUUCAAGGGAGACAGAUAUUGGAGGUACAAUGAAGACAUGAGAAACAUGGACCCUGGUUACCCCAAACCCAUCACAGUGUGGAAGGGCAUCCCUGACUCUCCUCAGGGAGCUUUUGUGGACAAGGCCAACGGAUUCACCUACUUCUACAAGGGGAAGGAGUAUUGGAAGUUCAACAACCAGCGGUUGCGUGUGGAGCCGGGCUACCCCCGCUCAAUCCUGAGGGACUUCAUGGGCUGUGACGGCCUACCAGCUGACGCCGACUGGGACUGGAGCCCUCCGGAGGUGGAGGAGCGCCACUACGACAGCAGCAGUGGUGACGUGGACAUCAUCAUCAAGCUGGACAGCACGGGGGGCACGGAGAAGGCUGUGGCUAUCGCCAUACCCUGUAUCCUGGCGCUGUGCAUGAUGGUCCUGCUCUACACCGUGUUCCAGUUCAGGAGGAAGAGCACACAGAGACACAUACUGUACUGCAAGCGCUCCAUGCAGGAGUGGGUCUGAUCUAAACCAGAGAGGGGACUGGAACUGUAGAGGUGUAUGGAACUCCCACUAGGCACUGUAGGGAAGAGUUAUCAAACUCCUAUUGUUCUGUAGUUGUUGAACUAAGCCCUUCUGUGGAUGGACAGUAUAUACAGUACAGUAGAGGAGUCCUCCUAACAUGGUCAAAACUGUGCUUUGCCCUCUUUGUGACAUGCAAGGGGGAGUGAUGCUAGCCCUCUUCAUUCAACACUAUGAGGGACUGUGGCUGCCAAUUCCAACUGAGAGGCAUUUGCUUUGACUCGACUAUCUUUGGGUACACUCAGUAGUUAUUGGAGAAAGAGGAAAGUUGUGUGGGACCUAUGUUUAUCUCUGUCUCUGCACGCCCCUAACAAGCCCUUACUAACUACAGUACAGUGGACCAUUUAGUAAUAGGCUACUACUUUUUAUUUUCGUGUCCUAGUAAAGUUCAAGUUGCCCAGCCUCUGUGCUUUUUGAUUGAAUUAUCUUUAAAAGAUUAGUACUUGUGAGGUGGACUAUCUCAUACCCAAACCAAAUAUGACCUUUGACCUAUCUUCCUUUCCCAGAAAGGAUUAUGACUCUGGAUUCUUUGUUGGGAUGUUUAAUUCUAAUCCAUGGAUCAUUAUGACAUUACAUCACACUCACGUUUCCUUUGACCGUGUCUUUUCCAUAUCUGCCUGUGACCAUCUGUCUGGUCUGGUCUGGUGUGGUCUGGUUUGGUCUGGUCUGGUCUGGUGUGCUCUGGUCUGCUGUGCUCUGGUCUGGUCUGGUUUGGUCUGGUCUGGUGUGCUCUGCUCUGGUCUGGUGUGCUCUGGUCUGGUGUGCUCUGGUCUGCUCUGGUCUGCUCUGCUCUCUGUCAAGUUUCACGUUUUAUUUGUCACAUGCACAAGUACAGUGAAAUGCAUAUAUUGCAAGCCCUGCCCAACAGUGUAGUAUUUAAAGCAAAAUAGUAUAACUAAUAAAAAAUACAAUAAAUAAAAAAAAUGUGAGAAAUAAGAAAUAAGAGAGGAAGCUAUAUACAGGGUAAGUGCCAGUACCAACUUGACAAUGUCUGUGGUCUAAGGGAAGCAGCAGCAGUUAAACAAUUUAGGGGCACACAAAUACAUUUAAGAGCACACAAAUAUAUUUAGGAGCGCACGAAGACAUUUAGGAGCACACAAAGACAUUUAGGAGCACACAAAGACAUUUAGGAGCACAAUCAAAAAUAUUUGAGGUAACAAGCCGUUUUCUUUUUAGUAAUGGUGCAAGCAUGAUGGUCAUGAAUCUGGUCUCAGUCUGUUCUCCAUGGCACUGUGGUACAGUGAAGUAAUCAUUGCAACAAUUAUCAUCUGGGUGAUUUGUUUCUAGGCGCACUGGUGCUCUUCAAUUAAAAUUCCAGGUCGCACAGCCAAAUAUUUACGCGCAUAUGCGAGUAAAAUGGUCGCACUGUAGAGCUCUGUUAUGUCACGUUCCUCUCGACGUGUGAAAAAUGACUCAGUAUGUGAGAUUCCCGGUGAAUGUGAAAACAUAUAUUAGCAUUUUUAGGGAUUUGAGUUUGUCACGUUUGUGGUAAAAAAAAAAAAAAUUACUUAAAAAGGAUAUGGUCUCUUAUGAAAUCAGGAUAUUGAACUCUAUAUCAACAGCUAUAUCAAUAAUAUAUCUUAACCCUUCAAAAUCAUUAUCAAACCAUAAGACUAAUGUGUAAUAACAUGUUAUAACUAUCUUAUAACAACCUCAGUUCAUUUCUCAUUGUUCUUCUCCAUGGAUCAUUUAAAAGGGUCAUAACGCAUUGCUAUUCAUGAACUAAAGUACUGAUGGUAAUUGUAGUUUUGUAUUUGAUUUACAUGACAGAGACAUCAUUUUUUUCUAAACCAUGUUAAAUGUUCUGCUCCCCAGACCUCUCCUCAUUUGCAGGCUAUUAAAUAUUAUGUUCACAUUGGCAGAGACGUUCUAAAGAGAUAUCUUUACUUUCUUCAAACAUGCAGUUUCUGUUGGUUAUGCAUUCUCAUAUGAUUUAAGCUGGAAGAAGAAAGCUUUCCAUGUUGUCCUACAUGUCUUAAUGGUAAGUGUGCUUGUGGUGAGGGUCUGAAAGACAGGUUUGAAAGCAUGGCAGGGUUGGGGUCAAGUCCAUGUCAAUUCCUGAAGUAUGCUGAAAUUUCAAUUCCAAUUUUCCUCAAUGAGAAUUUGGAAUUCAGUGUACUUCCUGAAUGGACUGAAUGAAAUAGAACUAGAACCCGACUCUGAAGCAGAGCCAGUCAGGCCAGUUCAGCCAGUACUGCAUUUAUUGGUGUAUUUAUUCCUCUGUGCUCAUCAGCACCUUAAUCUCGUUGCAUUGUUCUGAGGGCAAGAUAACGUCUGUCAAUAAAAUUGAUUUUAAAAAGCA